AUGCAUGUUCUGGUCAUCGGAGGCAGUGGUCGCACCGGAAAGCUCGUCAUUGAUGACCUACUUCAAAAAGAGCACCAUGUCAUUGCUCUCGUCCGGAACCCUGGAGCGAUGGAAGCACGAAACGGCUUGAAUAUCGUCGAAGGAACCCCCACAAAUCUAUCCGAUAUCCGAGAAGCCUUUCAUUCCCACACCCCAGACGUGGUGAUCGUGACCCUCAGCGCUCCCCGGGCCAGUGACAGCCCAUUUGCCGCACCCAUUUCCCCACCACGGUUGAUGGCCGACUGCAACGCCAACGUGGUAGCCGUGAUGAAGGAAUUUGGGGUGAAAAAGGUCGUUAUUUUACAAGCGCUCGGGGUUGGUGCUUCAUGGCCGAACAUGUCGUGCGUGCUCCGUCUCUUGAUGAGCAAGUCCAAUAUGAGCUAUCAGUAUGAUGAUCACAAUCACACGGACAAGGAGGUCCGGGGCAGUGGUGUCACCUAUGUCAUGGUACGCCCUGCUCGGUUGGUGGAGACUGAUGUGACGGCGGUGCGAGAAUGGCCCCACGAUGGUAAGGGAAUUCCCCUGAUGGCCACUGCUAGCCGGAAGAGCGUGGCUGGUUUUUUGGUGGAUGCGGCGACCGAAAAGUCUUGGGAUAAUAGUGCGCCUGUUAUUUCGAACUGA